AUGUCAAUAACUUAUUCCUUACCUUCCAUUGAUGAAAACUCUCACACCAUCACAUUCUACACAGAUACCUUGAAAUUCUAUAAUGAUUGUCUUGCGUUUCUUCUUGAAAAUUCUGCAAGUAAUAAUUAUCAAAUUGGUUUGAUGAAAUCCAUGGUUGACAAUCCGGAAAGAUUUACAAUAGAUAGGAGAUUCCUUAUGGUUGUACAUCAGAAGGGAGAAAUUGAAAGAGUCGUGACUUGGUUUCCACCACAAUUGAUGGUGUUUAGUUUUCCAGAUGAGAAACAAUUAUUGGAAACUAGAAAAAUAGUUGCAAGAGGAGUUUUAAAAAUGUUUUGUUCAGUUGAUUAUCGGAAUUUGAGAAUUUCCAACAAUAGUGAUGUAUUAUCCUUUGAUCAAUUUGAAGAAAUCGUUAAAAAGUUUGACAGAAAGUUGACUGGAUUCUGGUCAACUGAGGAAAGUUUAUUUCUAUGUGAGGAAUACGUUUCAAAUUUUGAUCCUGGUAUGAAUCCUUCUCCUUCUUACAAAAUUCAGGUAAAGAUGAUGUCCUACUCACUCAUUAGAGAUCAUUUAACACUUCCACCUAAGGAAACAAAUUACGAACUCAAAUUUUUGGACACAACCAAUGAAAAUCUAACCAAACACUGUGCCAAUAUGAUUCACAGAUUUUGUAAGAUUUGUUUUCCAGCAAUAGUGCCAUCAGAACAAUUUAUUCUCGAAAAUAUGUUGCUUAGACCAUCCCAGAAAGGAAAUACCUUCUAUGUUACCAUGAAAGGAAAUUCGAAUCCUAUUGCCAUUGCUUUGGCCACUCCAAUUCCAAGUGCAUGUAGAAUUACUCAUGUAUUCACAGAGGAAGAAUAUAGAGGAAGAGGUAUUGCCUCAUUUCUCAUUCAAUCCAUGUCAAUGCAAUUAUUCGAAAGAAAGGAAGAAGGUGGAAAUCAAUUAUUCAAGUGGAUGUUUCUGACUGCCGAUUCAUCAAAUCCAACCUCAAAUGGAGUGUAUGUACGAAGUGGAUUCAAAGAAGAAACAGAAUUUACAUUGUGUGAUAUCAAUUAUAAUUAA